AAAAGUCAUCUUACUCAAGUGUAUUACGACCUGUUUCCAAUUAACAGAGCAAUAGCCAAGUAGUAAGGCUUCUUAACAUUAGCGAAGCGAGUCGACUGCCUCAUGGCCGUUGCCAAGCCUGAUGACUUUGAGGAGGAGUUAGGGGAUGAGUCCGAGGAGGCUGAUGCCCGUGGAAGAGGGGAGGCCGGUGCCGGGGACCGGCAGGAGGAAUACGAAGAGGAGGAGGACGCUCAGCCCUGGACUGGGCUCGGUCGGUUGCCGGAGCGUGCUGAUAUCAUUGAGAUGCUGAAGGAGAUCCGCGGAGCGGGGCGCAAGCAGCUGACAGUGCUGCUGCUAGGCAAGUCUAGUGUGGGCAAGAGCAGCCUGGUCAACUCGCUGCUGGGGGAGGCGGCGGUGCGCGUGCAGGCGUUCAAGCUACAGGCUGACUCGGAGAUCACCACCACGGUGACUCGCCAGGUGGCUGUUGGGGACCCCGAGGUUGACGGCUUUCGUCUGAAGCUAAUUGACACGUGCGGUCUGGAGGAUCCCGAGGCGGGCGACACCGUCAAUUAUGGAGCCCUAUCCAAGAUCGCUGAGGACAUCCGCGGUGUGGCGGUGGAUGUGGUGCUCUAUGUUGACCGCCUCGACCUCUACCGGCUAGACCCGCUGGACAGGGCGAUCAUAUCCGCUAUUAGUCAGACGUUUGGUCGCCAGGUGUGGCGCCGCACUGUGCUGGCGCUCACGCAUGCCAACGUCUCGCAGACGCCGCCCGGGACCACAUACGACUCCUUCGUGGACGGACGCAUCCGGCUGAUCCGCUGCGCCAUCCGUAGCGGCCCGCUCUUCCGCCCGGCACUGCCCGCCUGCCUAGUGGAGAACUCCGACGCCUGCCCGCGCAGCCCCGAAGGCGGCCGGCGGGUGCUUCCCGACGGCAGCGAGUGGCUGGUGGGGCUGGCGGCGGAGCUAGUGGACAGCGCGCUGGCCAGGCGGCGUCCGUACAGGUACCACCCGCGGCUGAGCAGCCGGCCCGGACAGCGGCUCAAGUGGCUGCUGCCGCUGGUGGUUGUCGCGGAGGUGCUUCUCUACCGCCGCGUGCUGCGCCCCGCCCUCAGGGCCCACCAGCGGCGGGUGGAGGUGCACGAGGACCUCACCUGGGCGGCUCGCAGGCAGCAGCGCACGGCGCUGGGGCUGCACCCGCCCACCCGGCCCUCGGCGGAAGCUGCCUCGCGACUGGAGCAGAUCUAUGACGUGGACGACUGAGGGCCAGCACAGGGGUAAUGCGUAUGGUUAGUGUGUUAAUUUGACGCUCGGGUGCAGAUAGGGGCACUGUGGGCCUUUAUUGGGAGAAGGCCGGUUGUCUGAAGAUGACCGUCGGCUGGGUGGGCAGGCGCAGAUAGCACGUUGUGGUCUGAUACGAAUGAAUGAAUGACCGUUACCGUGAUCCCAGACCGGAAGGCAAGGGAAAGCGGACGAUACCCAGCCCUACACUUCAAGGAACCAGACCGAAGCCGCCGCAUGGCCUGCCCAUGUGUCGUGUGCCCGUGCCUAGAGAUGCACUGGCUAGGCUGGUGUGUCUGAAUACCGUGUGAAGUGGUGUGAAUUGGGUUUCUUGGGUUGGCCGUGCCUGGCGUCUGAGUGACAAGCAAGAAGGUACACAUGUCCCAUGCUGCUGUCCAAUGCAGUGUUCAACAGGUAUGGGUGGGUCGUUUUGCGCAAGCUUGCCAGCCUGACAGUCAUCGUGUGCUGUUAUCGUCAACGCCUUCUUCCUUGCCGACUCCCAGCGUUGCUACCUGCUACCUGUCUUUGCGACGGCCCUUGUUUCAUCUUCAUGCCAAAGCAAUAGGUACUGUAAAGUAUCUAUUGCUGUCUUUUUUGCAGACCCGUCGGC